AUGGAAAAGCCUACAUUUCCUAGGAGGUUUUUCACCAAAGGUUCAGAUCCUGAAAGCGACAAAAGCAUCGGGUAUUACAGCAACAACACGAAGUUGUUCGCAGCUCUCACCACACUCUUGACCGAUGAUGAAUGGGCUGAGCUCGAGGAAUCUCCGCUCGGGGUAUUCUUCAGGUUCGUGAACAGCAAAUUCUCAUGGGCUUCAAUGAUUGUGAAGUGUAUGCUCAAUAUGCAAAUAGUGUGCAAGAAGCCCUUCGAGAUUUGGAGUGUGGUUGGCUCAAAUCCUGUAAGGUUUUCGUUGCACGAGUUUGAACACAUUACCGGUCUUAACUGCGAAUACAGAGAGAAUCUCAAGGCACCUCUGACUGCGGACAUAGAUGAGAAUGAAUUUUCUGAGUUUUGGGAGAAACUUGGUGUUCAUACCAAGUUUGGGCCUUCAGUUGAUAACCUCACCCGAGCAUGUGGGUGGGCCCAAGACUGGUCGAAAGAGGACAGAAAGAGGCUGGCUUAUUUAGCCGUCUAUGCUGGUUUCAUUGUUGGCGAGAGGCAAACUAUUGCCACACCGGUCGAGAUGGCAAAGCUAGUAAUGGAUCUUGAAGAGUUUGAAGGUUAUCCUUGGGGGAGAGUAGCUUUCUUGAAUCUCAUUGAAUCUGUAAAAUCUGCCAACCUCACCAAACACUACUACAUUAACAGGUUUGUCGAAGUGCUACAAGUGUGGUCGUACUACGCAAUGCCUAGCUUCGGUCAGGACUUCGGUGAGCCUGUAGUGGGUAGGGUAUCUCCGACUAUGAUGGCCUUCAAAGGAAUGAAAGGGCGCAAAAAUAUAAUGCAGACUCUUCUUGCGCAGGUUAAUUUCAACCAUAUGAUCAUGGUGGACAGGGAUAAUGCUUACCCUAGGUGGGACAACGACGUCGACGAUGAACACAUCGAGAAUGUGAUGAAGGCUUUUUACGGAGAGCUCGGAGGGACCUGGAGAUGGAAGCCUUCCGACUGGAUAUCCGAAGGAGUAAUCGUCUUGGAUAAGGUGAAGGAAGAGAAGGGAAUUGACAAGAAGAGGCAUCUGGAUUCGGGUCUAGGGCCGUCAAAGAGACCAUGCCCUGCCUACGGGAUCGAUGGACAUACCUCGGGAGCUAGUUGGGAUACAUUCCAGUCCACUGUGGCUGCAAUGUUUGAACAGUUCAGUAAGCAGCAGACAGGUGAGAUCGGUCUCCGUUUCGAUAGACUUGAUGAGAAGGUUGAGGUCCUUACAAGCAAAAUUAGUUGUAUGGAGUCGACCAUCGAGAAGCUUCAAAUUGUCAUGUCGGAGGAGGAGAGAGAAGCAAUGUUAAGCCCGACAAUGGUCCUGCGUUUUCUCCAGACGGGAAGCUUCCCGACGAGUCCGAAGCUGCAAAGGAGUAACUCGAACGCUGCGCAAAUUCUCUGCUCGUAUUGCAAAUUCUCUGCUCGUAUUGCUGCAAAACAAACAAUGGAUGAAUCUGAUAAGCUUGAGAAUCCUAAACUCCCUCCCAUUGCGUCCUCUGAGAGUGAGAGUGAGACUCCUGAGGAAGAGAGUUGCGAGCUUCUGAGAGAAUACUUCCCCACCAAGGAAGAGAAGAUUGCUGACCUCAAAAGAAGGCAACCGAAGGACACCGCAAAGGUUAUUGACGCGAAGGCAAGAAAGACAGAAAGACUGAGGACACUUGCACAGACGCAAAAUGGUAUAUAUGUGGGCAGCAGCACGGUCAAGCGAAUGUUCAGUAACAAAGAACCUAGAGGUCGUGGUUAUGAUCCCUUUCGGAAGGCGGAUAAGCAGAUGAAGGAGGUCGUCUUGGAUCAUUACAAGAGUUGUCCUGGACUAGGAAAAAAGAAGACCAUUAAGACCGUUCAUGACUAUCCACUACGCUUUUGGUGGUAUGACCUCCUAAAUCAGAACGAGUGGCUCAUUGACACGCACAUGAACGCUGCUGUCUACUUGCUGAGGACACGAUUGUUGGAUCACCCCGAAUGGUUUAGAAGUGACAGGUUUUGUUUGGUUGACACCACAUUUGGGCAAUAUUGGACGGCGAAGUACGACGAAUUCAAGAUGAUAGAGCCCAACGAACUUGGUGAAGGAAGACCACUGCCAACGCUAUCGUACGAUUACUACAAAGGUGUCUUACCAGAGCCUCGACCGACAAACAAGAUCUGGGGCGUCGACAUCGAUGAAUUGUACAUACCUUUCAACCUGAAUGGUGACCAUUGGGUUGCUCUAUUCGUUUCCUUGCCAAAGAGGCACAUCACCAUAUACGAUAGUAAACCUAGUCACGUGAAGCCGGGUCUUUUGGCUUCUCUAAUAGAACCUGUGACAGUGAUGUUUCCAUAUCUGAUGAGGCAGUUGGCGGAUGAAGACAAAAAGUACGAGUGGACUCUCGAACCGUUCACCUACGACCGUCCUAUCGACCAAGCUUCCGUGCCACAGCAGGCUAAUGGCAGUGACUGUGGAGUGUUCACACUAAAGUUUAUCGAGUGUCACGCCCUUGGUAUUGAGUUUCCUCAGACCUUGUGCCAUAAGAACAUACCAAGCCUUAGGCUGAGGCUUGCAUAUGACCUAUUCGAGGAGACAGGGGUCCGGGGACCAAAGGAGCGAGACUGGUCCGAGUUGGAUUAA